CCCUCUUUCCCUCUUUCCCUCUCUAGUUUCGUCUCAUCCCUCAUUUUUUUAAGAAUAUAAUAUAGGUAGGAGAUGGCAAGAUUAAUAGUAAAAAUUUUGUAAUUAAAAUUUCCUUUUCCAGCUACUAGUAGCCUACUACAGCUCUUAUUUUCCGUCUUUGCUUGCUAAUGCAUUUUUAAUCUCUCUCUCUCUCUCGCUGUCUGUGCAUUUCAUCUCUGUCACUCGCACAGCUUCCUUUCUCUCUCUUUCUCCCUGGCUCUAACGCUAUAAUGGUUUUGUUAAUGCGAAGUAGAAACCAUUUUCCAAAACCACUAGCGGUUUUCCGAUGUUGAGAAAUGGGGAAAACAGCGAGGUGGUUCAGGAGGUUGUUGGGUGGGAAGAAAGAAGGGAAGACACAGUCGACUGAUGAGAAGCAGGAGAAGGAGAAGAAGAAGAAAUGGAGCUUCGUCAGAUCUUUCAAGGGUAAGGACAAAGAUAGGACUACGUCUACUCCGCAGCAUGUGAAUGGGGGUAAUGAUGAUAGAAAGGGAUCUUACAGAGGGGAAUCGCCGUCGUAUGCCGGAAACUAUCACGCCGGAUCCGUUGAAGAUCAGAAUAAGCAUGCUAUAGCUGUUGCUGCCGCUACCGCUGCUGUGGCAGAGGCUGCGGUGGCUGCGGCUCAAGCAGCUGCCGCUGUUGUCAGGUUAACCAGCAGUAGUGGCCGUUGCUCUUCGACCUAUGGGAAUGUCGGCAAACAUGAGGAGUGGGCCACUGUUAAGAUUCAAUCUUCGUUCCGAGGCUAUCUGGCGAGGAGAGCUUUGCGAGCAUUGAAAGGUUUGGUUAGACUUCAAGCACUGGUGAGGGGCCACAUUGUGAGAAAAGGGAUGGUAGAGAAUCUAAGGUGUUUGCAGGCAUUGGUGAGAGCUCAGGUGAGAGCUCGGGCGGAUCGGACCCUUAUUUCAGAAUCCCGGCACCUGACGUCACAUACUAAUACUAGCCCUACAACCCCUGAGAAAUAUGAACACUUAAUUCGUGCCAACAGUGCCAGACACGAUCGGUCAUCACCCCUCAAGAGGAGCAGUUCGAGGCCAAGUAGCAGGGAUGGCAGUGAUGUGGAUAGGACACGGUUUGCAGCAAAGAAUCAACCUGACCAUCGGUUGGAUGAACGCUCAUGGAACCAUCAUUGGCAGACUUCAGUGAAAACCAUGCCCGCCGAUGAUGAGAAAGGUGACAAAAUCCUGGAAAUUGAUAUUGGGAAGCCACACUUGAACUCAAAACGAAGGAACAACUUAUUUCACUUAUCCAAGUAUGCCAACAGUCACAGCUUUUCCACAUUGGACUCUCCUUCAAGAGACUCAGCGACAGCUCAACUAUCAGCUCGAAGCUUAGCUUCUGGUGAAGUCCAAUCAUUGAGACGUUUUGAAUACAAUCAUGAGGUUGAUGACACAUCUUAUUGCACAGCCGAUUACAACAGCCCACAAUAUUUCUCUGCAACAUCAAAGCCUGGUAGUGCCAAGACUAAGAGUGAUUGCUCUCGAAGUUUCUUCAUUGGGUACUCAGAUUCCCAAAGCUUAUUCGGCGGGUACUCGGAUUACCCCAAUUACAUGGCAAACACAGAAUCCUUUAGGGCUAAGGUUAGAUCUCAGAGUGCUCCAAGACACAGACCUGAGCUUGAAAAGUGUAGUUCAACCAAAAGGUUUUCUGUUCUUCAUGGGUUUGGGGAUACCAAGUCAAGUAGUGCUCAGAAGGCAUCUGUGCUACAUGCAAACUUCAAGAACAAGGCAUACCCAGGUUCAGGCAGGUUGGAUAGACUAGGGAUCCCAAUUCACAGUGACUCAGUCAGCUUCAAUGGAGAUUACACCCAUAACAGAUACUAGAACUGUAUUAUGCGUGCUUGGACAUUUGGCUUGUCUGUUUAGUUUUUCCUCUUCAAAUCCUUUUUUUUUUUUUUUUUGGGUUUUCUUUGAAGGAUCGUGUAUUUCUAGAUGGUUUUUACCAUCCAAGGUUUAACAUAAUAUAAUAAUGGAUGGGUAUUUGACUUAA